AUAAUUUCAUUCUCUUCGAUGAGAUUCACCUGUAAAGAGUUGUUUUUUGUUAGCUCACUCUCUCUCGUCCACUUUGAUCCGCGUGUUCGAAAGCGUGUAAGCGCACGAUCUGUUUCUAACCAGUCGUCGUCAUAGAUAGAUAGAUCAGAGAGCAUUCCAAACCGCAUCCGUGAAUAAAUUUUUUUUAUUCAUUUUGUUCCUUCGUUCAUUUUUACAUUCAAACAAAGACAGCUGUUUUUAACUGAGCAAUGGUCGCGAUCGAUUUAACCUGUCCACUUCUACAAUUUUUAAUUGCAUUAGUUGUAACAUCGGUGAUUUUUGUAUUUUCCGCACUGCGAUUGUACUGCUUUAUUACACUUGGCAUUUGUAAAUCAAAAGCGAAAAUGGAUGGUAAAACCGUUUUAAUUACCGGCGCCAACGGUGGUAUUGGCCGUGAAACCGCCAAAGAUCUUGCGAAACGUGGUGCACGCAUUAUUUUGGCAUGCCGCAAUUUGAACGCUGCCAACGAAGUUAAAGACGAAAUCGAAAAAGAGACUGGCAACAAGAAUAUUGUGUGCAAAAAAUUGGAUUUGAGCUCACAGAAAUCGAUUCGUGCAUUUGCCGCUGAUGUUAAUAAAACCGAACGGAAAUUAGAUGUGCUCAUCCAUAAUGCUGGUAUGGCGUUGGCCUUCCGUGGUGCAAAGAGUGAGGAUGGCAUUGAAUUGACCAUGGCCACAAAUCAUUAUGGUCCAUUUUUGUUGACACAUUUGCUGGUUGAUUUAUUGAAAAAAUCCGCACCCAGCCGUAUCGUAAUUGUUGCAUCGGAAUUGUAUCGCUUGGCAUCGGUGAAUUUGAACAAUUUGAAUCCGAUCAACACAAAGCCAGCCGCUUACUUGUACUAUGUGUCAAAGUAUGCAAACAUCUAUUUUGCCCGUGAAUUGGCAAAACGUAUGGAAGGUACAAAUGUGACCGUUAACUCAUUGCAUCCGGGCAUGAUUGAUACGGGCAUCUGGCGCAGUGUUCCAUUCCCAUUGAACUAUCCAAUGAGAUUGAUCACCAAAGGUUUCUUCAAGACACCAGUACAAGGUGCUCAGACCAGCAUCUAUUGUGCCGUUGCCGAAGAAUUGAACGGUGUGUCGGGCAAAUAUUUCAUGGACUGCAAGGAGCACACAUUGAGCGCUGCCGCCAGUGACAUGGAAAAAGCAAAGAAAUUGUGGGAAGAAUCGGCGAAAAUUGUUAAACUCACCGAUCAAGAUCCAAAAAUCUAAACGCACACAAUUGAUUCCACAUCAUUUUUUUUUUAAUGAUAUUUUCUUUAAUAAUUUUUCUUAUAUUUUACUUUUUCUCACAAUGAUGAAUCCAACUUCAGCUUUGUAAACUAGCGAUUAAAAUAAAAAAAAAUGUUUUUCUUUUAA